CUCGAAGUCCAGGUGGCCCCUUGGGCUCCGAGCCGGUGGUGGGCGGAGGCAGAAGCGACGGGGAGCCAGGGGCGGAGAAAGUGUAGCCCGAAGUCUGGGAGGGAGAGAAGGAGGCAAAGGAGCUGGGACGGCGGCCCGCUGAGCCGAGCCCGCGAGGGACACCCCCCAACCACCACGCUGGGCCAGGCGGGCAGUGCCAAAUCAGGGCGGGGGGAGCCGGGAGCCGGGGGGAGGGUCGGGGACAGCCCGGCCCUGCCCCCUCCCUCGCGGGGUGCCCAGCAACUUCUGAGGAAAGUUUGGCACUCACUGCCUGGUGCCCCGAGGAUGGGCAAGGUCCUGCUGGCCUGGUGCUGGGCGCUGUGCUGCUGGGGGCGCGCGGCUCCCCAGGGCCCACAGACUGAAGUGCCCCCCUUCGUGGGGAGUCCAGGGAACAUCACCGGUGCCCGAGGACUCAUGGGCACCCUGCGCUGUGAGCUCCAGGUUCAGGGGGAGCCCCCCGAGGUGACCUGGCUUCGGGAUGGACAGGUCCUAGAGCUGGCAGACAGCACACAGACCCAGGUGCCCCUGGGCGAAGACGGGCAGGAUGACUGGAAAGUGGUCAGCCAACUCAGAAUCUCGUCUCUGCAGCUCUCAGACGCGGGAUGGUACCAGUGCGCCGUGGUCCUGGGAGAAAAGACCUUCGUGUCCCAGCCUGGCUACGUGGGGCUGGAGGGCCUGCCUUACUUCCUGGAGGAGCCUGAGGACAGGACUGUGGUUGCCAACACUCCCUUCAACCUGAGCUGCCGGGCGCAGGGGCCCCCAGAGCCUGUGGACCUCCUUUGGCUCCAGGAUGCUGUCUCCCUGGCUUCAGCCAUGGACCACAGCCACCAGCACACACUCCGCGUUCCAGGCCUGAACAAGACUACUUCUUUCUCCUGUGAAGCCCACAACGCCAAGGGAAUCACCACAUCCCGCACGGCCACCAUCACAGUGCUCCCCCAGCGGCCCCGUGACCUCCGCUUGGUUUCCACCCAGCCGACGGAACUGGAGGUGGCUUGGACCCCAGGCCUGAGCGGCAUCUACCCCCUCACCCACUGCAUUCUGCAGGCUGUGCUGUCAGACGACGGGGUGGGCGCCUGGCUGGGAGAGCCAGACCCCCCAGAGGAGCCCCUCACCUUACAAGCGUCUGUUCCCCCUCAUCAACUGCGGCUGGGCAGCCUCCAUCCUCACACCCCUUACCACCUCCGGGUGGCCUGUGUCAGUAGCCAGGGCCCCUCACCCUGGACCCACUGGCUUCCCGUGGAGACACCAGAAGGAGUGCCCCUGGGCCCUCCUGAGAAUGUUAGCGCCAUGCGGAAUGGGAGCCAAGCCCUUGUGCGCUGGCAGGAGCCAAGGGCGCCGCUGCAGGGCACCCUGUUAGGGUACCGACUGGCCUAUCGAGGUCAGGAUACGCCCGAGGUGCUGAUGGACGUAGGGCUAAAGCGAGAGGUGACCCUGGAGCUGCGAGGGGAGGGGCCUGUGCCCAACCUGACGGUGUGUGUGGCAGCCUACACCGCCGCUGGGGAUGGACCCUGGAGCCUCCCUGUGCCCCUGGAGCCCUGGCGCCCAGGACAAGGACAGCCAAUCCACCAGCUGGGAACCAAGACCUCCACCAUGACCUGUCCCGCGUACCCCCUGACAGUGAGUGAACCCCCAGUCCCCGCCUUCUCGUGGCCCUGGUGGUAUGUACUGCUGGGAGCAGUGGUGGCCGCCGCCUGCGUCCUCAUCCUGGCCCUGUUCCUCUUCCACCGGCGGAAGAAGGAGACCCGCUACGGAGAGGUGUUUCAGCCAACUGUGGAGAGGGGCGAGCUGGUGGUCAGGUACCGUGUUCGCAAGUCCUACAGUCGGAGGACCACUGAAGCUACCUUGAACAGCCUGGGCAUCAGUGAAGAGCUGAAGGAGAAACUGCGGGAUGUGAUGGUGGACCGCCAUAAGGUGGCUCUGGGGAAGACCCUGGGAGAGGGAGAGUUCGGAGCUGUGAUGGAAGGCCAGCUCAACCAGGAUGACUCCGUCCUCAAGGUGGCCGUGAAGACAAUGAAGAUUGCCAUCUGCACAAGAUCGGAGCUGGAGGAUUUCCUGAGUGAAGCCGUCUGCAUGAAGGAAUUCGACCACCCCAACGUCAUGAGGCUCAUUGGCGUCUGUUUCCAGGGUUCUGAACGAGAGGGCUUCCCGGCGCCCGUGGUCAUCUUACCUUUCAUGAAACACGGAGACCUACACAGUUUCCUUCUCUAUUCCCGGCUCGGGGACCAGCCAGUGUUCCUGCCCACCCAGAUGCUGGUGAAGUUCAUGGCAGAUAUUGCCAGUGGCAUGGAGUAUCUGAGUACCAAGAGAUUCAUACACCGGGACCUGGCUGCCAGGAAUUGCAUGCUGAACGAGAACAUGUCGGUGUGUGUGGCUGACUUUGGGCUCUCCAAGAAGAUCUACAACGGGGACUACUACCGUCAGGGACGCAUCGCCAAGAUGCCGGUCAAGUGGAUUGCCAUCGAGAGCCUGGCAGACCGCGUCUAUACCAGCAAGAGCGAUGUGUGGUCCUUUGGGGUGACGAUGUGGGAGAUUGCCACUCGAGGCCAAACCCCAUAUCCGGGAGUGGAGAACAGCGAGAUUUAUGACUACCUGCGUCAGGGAAACCGCUUGAAGCAGCCCGUGGACUGUCUGGAUGGACUGUAUGCCCUGAUGUCCCGGUGCUGGGAGCUAAACCCCCGGGACCGGCCAAGUUUUGCAGAGCUGCGGGAAGACCUGGAGAAUACGCUGAAGGCCCUGCCCCCUGCCCAGGAGCCGGACGAAAUCCUCUACGUUAACAUGGAUGAGGGUGGGGGUCAUUCUGAACCACUUGGAGCUGCUGGAGGAGCGGACCCCCCAACUCAGUCUGACCCUAAGGAUUCCUGCAGCUGCCUCACCGCCGCCGAAGUCCAUCCUGCCGGCCGCUAUGUCCUCUGCCCUUCUACAGCCCCCGGCCCCACCCUGCCUGCUGAAAGGAGCUCCCCAGCAGCCCCGGGGCAAGAGGAUGGCGCCUGAGACCACCCUCCACCUGGGACUUCCUCUCAGGACCCAAGCUAGGCACUGCCACUGGGGGACCUGUCCCCUACUUUCCCACUCAAGGCCUUACCCCCAACCAUAGCCCUCUCUUCCUACCUGUUCCACUUCCAUUCCAGACAGAUUCUCUCCCUUUUCCACACCUUGGUGUCCCCAUGUGUAAAAGAAAGGGAUUGGACUGAAAUCCCUGAGGGCCCUCCCAGGUCUAACAUUCCAAGAUUCUAGAUUCUAAGGUUUAAAGAGUCUAGAUUCAGAGGUUCUAAGUUUCAGAGCUGAGUCUUUCGUUCUAAAGACUUGGGAUUCCAGUCUCUAAUUCUAAAAUGCUAAGGUUCUAGACACAGAAGUUCUAAGGCCUACAUUCUAAGGCUCUGAGAUGCUGUGGCUCUAGACUUCUCUGGUUCUAAGAUUGUUCAUAAAGCCCAUGAAAUUUUAGGUUACAAAGCUCUAAGAUUCUAUUUCUAGAAUCUAAGACUCUGUGAUUUUAGAUUUUAUUUUUCUAGGGUUCUGAGUCCUGAGGGUGUAAGAUACUAGAUCCUACAAUUCUAAAAAUCCUACAGUUCUAGACAUGGAGGUUCUAAGGUCUUAUGUUCUAAAAUUUGAAGUUCUGAGCCUCUGAGAGUAUAACUUUUCUGGUUUUAAGACUCCAGAUCAUAAGGCUUCAAGAUGUGAUCUUCUCAAGUUCUAAGAUUCUAAUGAUGGUCAAUGGCAGAGUCUAAGGCUUUAUGAUCCUCGAAACCCUUGUUAUAAGACUGUGGAUCCUAAAGAUCUAAAAUGCUAGCAUCUGCAAUUCAAAAGUUCUAAUAGUCUAAAGAUGGAGGUUCUAAGGUCUAAUGUUCUAAGAUGUGAUGUUCUAAGGCUUAGUCUAAGAACCUAGAUUCUCUGUGUCUAAGAUUCCAGAUCACAUGCUUCAAGAUUCUAGAUUAUUAAACUCUAAGAUUCUAAUGUUGUUCUGUUCUGUGUUCCAAGGCACUCUAGAUCCUAUUGGUCCAAGAUUCUGGAUCCUCAGCAUCUAUGGUGUAGAUACUCCACAGUUAGUGGUGACAAACUGGAUGCCAAAGUUCUAAUCAUUUUUAAUUUUGGACACCUUUAAGUUCUAUGCUGCAUCUUCUCUUCUAGGAUUUUAGUUAAGGGUCUAGGAAUUCAUGGUUCUAAGUCUUAUGAUUCUGGGUUCCAAGAUUCACAUGUUAUAAGAUUCUAAACAUCUAGAAUUCCCAAGUAAAAUUCUGAGGUUCUAAACUUAUAGUUUUAUCCUGUGUGACCCUUCCCUUCUUAGCCACCUCUGCUUCCUCUUCCUUUCAUGUGGGGGUGUGCCCCCUCAAACCUGUGCAAUGCAUUAAGGACGCCUCCUUUCCCCAGAGGACAACAUCCCUCCUUUGGGGGUCAUAUUGCCCCCCUGAGCCAGUCCUUUAUGCCCCCUGAACAGAGUGUGUACUCUGGCACCUUCAGUGGGGCUCAGAUCACAUAAAACUUUGUAACCAUG